AUUAACGUGUUGCACAGGUGUGUAUCCCUCGUCCACUUCACAUCUUCCUGUCUUUGCAAAUUACAUGAGAACAUGGCGUAGUACAGAAGAAAUAGUAGGAGGCUUGAUACAUGUUAGUCGUUAAAAUGAAGGUACCUGAGGAGGAAUUAAUGAGCGAUAUUUUGAAGCGGUUAACGGGCGAGUCUGCGCUGCCUGUUUACUGCAACAUUGAAAAGUUUAAACGAGCAAAGGACGGUUUGUAUUUUGUCGCCGAGGACUUCAGUGAAACUGUGAAAAAGAGAGAACUGGUUAACGCGAAGGAACGACUGAGAAUCAGGAACUUGAACACCAUGUUCUCCCGCUUGAAGCGCAUGGUGCCACUUAUGCGUCCGGACCGGAAGCCCAGUAAAGUGGAUACCCUUAAAGCUGCAACAGAAUACAUACGAUUGCUUGUUGCAGUUUUGCAGGACACUGACAGUCAUGAUGGCAGUGGGACUGAUUUCCUAAAGAAUGCAAUCACUUAUGGUCAGACUGAAGGCUUGGGAAAUGACCUAUGGAGAGUGGAUGAUUUGCUGAACAUGUCAGACGAGCACAUGGAAGAUGGAUUCACUAUGCCCCCAGAACCAGUAGCAGAAGACGCAGAUAUGACCAGACUGCUGUUGCAACAUUGUGUGAUGCCUGCAUACCAGUUUAUCAUCCAAGUAGCACCUGAUCAGUCUUCGAUGUCUCCACCCUGCUGAGUGGUGUUUAGAGCAGAUGGCUUGAACCAAGAUUGGAAACAUGCCAGGUUGGCUUUUUUAAUAUGUAUGAAUAUCUAAUCAGUCCAAUCACAUUUUCAGGUAAAAUCAAUGCAUAUCAAAAGUUGGGAGGAUUUUUAAAAGCUAAGCACUUCAGGGUGUAAAUGGUUAUGACUACAGAGCACAUCAGGCAGGUUAUACCAGGGAUAUGAUAACAUGAAUGUUAUAAUUAUUGUCUAAUUGUUAUUAUGAUGAAUUGUAUGUAACUAAUGGAUUAAUUGUAAUGCUAGUAAAAGACACAAAUGUGAACAUGGUAUAGAACAGAGUGUCCUAACUUUGCCCCCAUGUGGAUUGAGGGAUAAUUGUCAUUUGUACAGAACAGACACACGGCCACAUCAGGGAAAGCACUGGUGUAAUAUCAGCAUUAAUGAUGAAUAUAUGUAUGUUAGUGUGUUAACUGACAUAUUCAUAAUUUAAUUGUAUUGCUACCAAGACUACACUGACACUACAUUGGCUCAACACAACUCUGAUACGUGUGUUUCAGUUACUCUGUCUGAUCAGACUCACCUCAGGUUAAAAUUUGGUGUGACUGGUAAUUUGCUGAGGUCACCAAACUCUUGAGAGUUCAGAAGUUAAAGCUCCUCUUUUACUUUUCCAUGCUUUAUUGUUGAGUAAUACUGAAAUACAGCAGAAACAGUAUUUGCAGGGUAAUUUUUCCCACUGAUUUGAAAUAUGUUGUCACACUGCCCUCUUCUGGUUGAGUGUUUGAAGUCUGUCACACCUAGCAUUACGGAUAGAUGUGGUCUGUAGUGUACACUGUUGCACCCAUAACCAGAACUUGCACUGAUGUCAGGGCACCAGUAUCAGUGUGUUGUGUGGGGGCUACUGUUAGCAGCAUUGCACAUGUGCAGUUUUAUGCAGUUUUAAGUGAAAAAAGGUACAUAAAACCUCUGCCGCAAACAGACAUGAGGAAAUUAGACUUUCUUCAAAUGUUAAUGCAGUUCUUUUUUAUUUCAUGAACUUGAAAAAAAUGAAUUGAAACAGUAAUUGUGUCAUGUGCAAAAGUCAGUACUUUGUAAUAACUUAAUUCUAAUUUCAUCUCUCCACAGCUGUAAGUGUUUUGAUACUUUCUUAUGGCCUCCUUUGCUUUCAGGCAUCAGUUAUCUUUAAUUUAAGAUCCUCAGUCAGUAGCUCAGUGGAGUCCAUGGUUGUUGAGUGUUAUCAGUGUAGAGAAUUUCUCAGCUCUGGAAUUAUCAUCAGAUGACAAAUCCUAAUGUGACCUACAUUUUAAGUCAAGUAAGGCGAGUUAAUGUUCAGACUUUACAAGCAUAAACAUGCCACACUCUCAAAUUUGUUUUUCUCAUUUUUAAACGCAUUAACGUUUGAAGAAAGUAUCAUUUUUAAUGUCUGUAUGCUGCAGGGGUUGUAUUUAGAAGUCAACAACAUAUGUCAUAUGUGUAGUGGCUCUGUAUACAACUGUACAUACACUACUUUCUUUUAUGUGGGUACUUGAGAACAUUAUAGAGUAUACAUUUCACACACACUAAGGUCAUUCAAUUAAAAUGGUGACAGGUAAAUACAGUAUGGUGAUUUCAGACAGCCCAUUGCCUUCAAAUAUGUCAUCCCUCCUCAGAUCAAGGAUGACAUUUCUAUCAACAAGUUAAUGAAUGCUGUAAUUGUGUUAAGGGAAAUGUGUAGUGGAGUAACUUCUAUUUUAUUUAUUCAGGGACCUGUUGCUUUGAAGAAAGAAUUUUCUUCGAGAAAAAUUCUAUUUUAUUUGUCUUAUUUAAUUUUACUUUUGAAAUUCACAUUUUAUUUGAGUAUGUAUAAAUGUGUUUUUAUUUUCUUUUUACAAACUGUAUCCUUGGCAGCCUUUAAAUAAAUUUACAAGACCGCUUCAAGUCUCAUAAGUACCUUCUGCUCUUAACGUCAACACAUCCAUGGCACCAAGAUGUUAUGUUUAUGUUUAAUAACAAUGGAAUUCAUAUUGUUAACUUUAAUUAAUACUUGGUUGUACCUGGAGAAUUUGCCCAUAGAAUUAAAUUGUGUUUGCCAAGAUAUCUCGAAUGAGUAAUGUUGAAAAUGUCACAUUGUGAUGAGUAUUUUCUUUUCAUCCAUUAUGUUACUAAUUACAGAUGUGCAGAUCAGUAUCUUUGGUUUUUUGCUGUGUUGGAGGAAGUAAUCAGAUUUUUUAUAUAUAUAUAAAUUGGUGAUAGCACAGUAGUCUGUAAGAAUAUACAAGUAAAAGUUCUGUUUUUAAUGAUUUACCAAUUUAAAAUGUUCAAAAAUAUGUUAAGUCUAAAUGACAUAUAGUAUCAAAAUACAAAGUACACACUGUGCAGUCUAUCCUGUUCAGAGUGUUAGAAAUAUAUUGUGGUAUAAUUACUCAGCAUUAACAUGUGAGCAGCAUUUUCAUGUUGUGGCUGGUUUAAAGGUUUAACGGUCUCAUCUGUUGGCAUUGUAAUGUCCUGUAUGUUUAGUGAGUGAUCUGAAAAGUGACUAGUAUCUGUAACUGUAAAAUAAAAUGAUAGCAUU